AAAUAUUUUUCUUUUGCAGAAGGGCAGGCAGCCAUAGCAUCUCCAAAAUCUGAAAAUCUGUAAUCUUAUCCAGAGCCUGAGGACUGAAGUGAGUGUGACCCUUACUCAUUUUUCAUUUCCAGCACAUCCUCAGAUUUAUUCCCUUGUUACCAAAAUCCUACCACCAAUUAUCUUCCUCUCAUACUCCCCUCAAAUUUUCAUUUUCAUUCAAAGCAAUCAUAUGCCUUUCCUUCCCCUUUGAAACAAAACUUUCUAAACUUCAUUAUGGCUGCUCUUAUUUCCUGUAACUUAGUCACUCCAAAAUUACCCAACAACCGUUUUCGUUUUGCAACUCACACUGCAGCCACCAACAACCAUGCUUGGUUGACUCGGCGUUUUACCCCAACUUGUUCUGUUAAUCGUAACCCAUGUCAGAAAUUGAAGGAAUGUGCAAUUUCUUUAGCUUUAGCUGUCGGACUGAUUACAGGAGCGCCUUCAUUUGCUGAUGCAAAUCUGAAUGUAAAUGCAAAUAACUUGCCGUUGCCUGAUUUGUCUGUGUUAAUCUCGGGUCCGCCGAUCAAGGACCCUGGUGCAUUGUUGAGAUACGCCUUGCCUAUUAAUAACAAAGCUGUGAGGGAAGUACAAAAACCACUUGAAGAUAUUACAGAUAGUCUUAGGGUUGCUGGGGUUAAAGCUCUUGAUUCUGUUGAGAGAAACGUGAGGCAGGCAUCACGAGCACUUAAACAAGGUAAGAGUUUGAUUGUAUCGGGUUUAGCCGAAUCAAAGAAGGAGCAUGGGCUGGAACUACUUGACAAAUUGGAAGUUGGAAUGGAUGAGUUACAAAAGAUUGUGGAGGACAGGAAUAGAGAUGCUGUUGCACCUAAACAGAAGGAGCUGCUUAAUUAUGUCGGUGGUGUUGAAGAGGAUAUGGUGGAUGGCUUCCCAUAUGAAGUGCCUGAAGAAUACGGAAGUAUGCCUCUAUUGAAGGGGAGAGCUGCUGUUGAUAUGAAGAUCAAGUUCAAGGACAAUCCUAAUUUAGAUGUGUGCGUUUUCCGGAUAGUUCUAGAUGGUUACAAUGCACCGGUAACUGCUGGAAAUUUUGUGGACUUGGUAGAGAGGCACUUCUAUGAUGGCAUGGAAAUCCAAAGAGCGGAUGGAUUUGUUGUUCAAACUGGAGAUCCAGAAGGCCCUGCUGAGGGUUUUAUUGAUCCUAGUACAGAAAAAACCCGGACAAUACCGUUAGAAAUCAUGGUGGAUGGGGAGAAAUCACCUUUCUAUGGAGUAACUUUGGAAGAGCUUGGUCUUUACAAGGCUCAAACUAAGCUUCCAUUCAAUGCAUUUGGAACAAUGGCCAUGGCCAGAGAGGAGUUUGAGAAUAAUUCUGCAUCAAGCCAGGUGUUCUGGCUACUGAAAGAAAGUGAAUUAACUCCCAGUAAUGCCAAUAUUUUGGAUGGGCGGUAUGCAGUUUUUGGUUACGUGACAGAAAAUGAGGACUUUUUGGCUGAUCUUAAGGUUGGUGAUGUGAUUGAAUCAAUUCAAGUAGUGUCUGGCCUGGAAAAUCUAGUCAAUCCAAGCUACAAGAUUGCCGGCUAAAUCGUUUUGUCACCUAUAUCAGAUAAUGGAUGUGUGAAUCUAUUGAAGACUGUUUCUUUAUUUGGUUCAAACUUUAGUUUAUUGUUUGCCCAAUAAUUCUGUAAUCUUUCACUUGUGGGAAAAUUGUAGUUUUCAAAUCCAGAAUGUAUCCUUUUGAACUCAACUGAUGACAAAUUCAUAAUUUCUUUCAUAA